AUGGGGCUGGCAAGGCACCCGGCCGUGCUGGAACGUCUCCAAGCUGAGGUGGCGGCGCAUGCCAAGUCAGCUGCAGUGGGGGAUGAAAAACAGGGCGCUGAAAAUGCAUCUCUGCCUGUGCAAGAGAUGCCGUAUCUUCAGGCGGAGAUCAAGGAAACUCUGAGGCACCACCCACCAGUACCGCUCCUCAUCCCUCACGUGACAACUGCCAGCGUUUCUCUUGGCGGUUACACAAUCCCUCCAAACAGAAUCAUUCAAAUCAACGGCUGGGGUCUUUCUCAUGACCCAAAGGUCUGGACCAACCCCAAUGAAUUUGACCCCAGCAGGUUUCUCGGCCCAUCUGCCCCUGAUGUGACCGGGCAGGAUUUCAGUGUGCUGCCAUUUGGUUCGGGCAGGCGUGGGUGUGUGGGGAUGAACCUGGGUAUGGAUCUAUCUGCUCGCAUGCUGGCAAAUUUCAUUCAUUGGUUCAGCUUGAAACUGCCUGAAGAUGUGGUGAAGUCCGGUGGAGUGGACUUGGGGGAGGAGUUUAGUCUCACUAUGGCCCUGGCAAAGCCACUGCGGCUUGUGCUCCUGGAACGGAAGUGA